AUGCAAUUCCGCUCGCCUACAGCCGCCAGGAGCUCCCUGGCGCCGCCGGCAGCGUCCUCCUCCGGAGCAGCUGCGCCUGCACCUGGGCAGCCUGGACCUUCGUGCCCUGCCCCCGGGGCCUCGCGCGGGGGUCGCCCCGGGACACCCCCUGUGGGCCGGGUGGAGGAGGAAGAGGAGGAGGAAGAAGACGUGGACUCGGACCCGCCGCUGAACACCUGGCUGAGCCACUUCACUUUAAGGGGGAGGAGAAGAGAGCCGGGGAGAACCAUGGCGGGCAGCGAAGUCCGGGAAUUUCUUUUGCAAUUUGGUUUCUUCUUCUUGCCUCUGCUGACAGCUUGGCCAGGCGACUGCAGUCACGUCUCAAACAACCAAGUUGUGUUGCUUGAUACAACAACUGUGCUGGGAGAGCUAGGAUGGAAAACAUAUCCAUUAAAUGGGUGGGAUGCCAUUACUGAAAUGGAUGAACACAACAGGCCCAUUCACACAUACCAGGUAUGCAAUGUGAUGGAGCCAAACCAAAACAACUGGCUUCGUACAAACUGGAUCUCUCGUGAUGCAGCUCAGAAAAUUUAUGUGGAAAUGAAGUUCACACUGAGGGAUUGUAACAGCAUCCCGUGGGUCUUGGGGACUUGCAAAGAAACGUUUAAUCUAUAUUAUGUGGAAUCAGAUGAGUCCCAUGGAAUUAAAUUCAAGCCAAGCCAGUAUACAAAGAUUGAUACAAUUGCUGCUGAUGAAAGUUUUACCCAGAUGGAUUUGGGUGAUCGCAUCCUCAAACUCAACACUGAGAUUCGUGAGCUGGGGCCUAUAGAAAGGAAAGGAUUUUAUCUGGCUUUUCAAGACAUUGGGGCAUGCAUUGCCCUAGUUUCCGUCCGUGUUUUCUACAAAAAAUGCCCCUUCACUGUUCGUAACCUGGCUGUGUUUCCAGACACUAUCCCAAGGGUUGAUUCUUCCUCCCUGGUUGAAGUAAGGGGCUCCUGUGUGAAGAGUGCAGAAGAGCGUGACACUCCUAAGCUCUAUUGUGGAGCUGAUGGAGAUUGGCUGGUUCCUCUUGGAAGAUGUAUCUGCAGUACGGGGUAUGAAGAAAUCGAAGGUUCUUGCCAUGCUUGCAGACCAGGAUUCUAUAAAGCAUUUGCUGGCAACACAAAAUGUUCUAAAUGUCCUCCACACAGUUUAACCUACGUGGAAGCGACUUCUGUCUGUCAGUGUGAAAAGGGCUACUUUCGAGCUGAAAAAGACCCACCUUCCAUGGCAUGUACCAGGCCGCCUUCAGCUCCUAGGAAUGUGGUUUUUAACAUCAAUGAAACGGCCCUUAUUUUGGAAUGGAGCCCUCCAAGUGACACAGGAGGGCGAAGAGACCUCACGUACAGUGUGAUCUGUAAGAGAUGUGGCUUAGACAGCAGCCCGUGUGAGGACUGCGGUGGAGGACUCCGCUUCAUCCCGAGACACACAGGCCUGACCAACAGCUCCGUGGUAGUGCUUGACUUCGUGUCCCACGUGAAUUACACCUUUGAAAUAGAAGCCAUGAAUGGAGUUUCUGAGUUGAGUUUUUCUCCCAAGCCAUUCACAGCUAUUACAGUGACCACGGAUCAAGAUGCACCUUCCCUGAUAGGUAUGGUAAGAAAGGACUGGGCAUCCCAGAAUAGCAUUGCCCUAUCAUGGCAAGCCCCUGCUUUUUCCAAUGGAGCCAUACUGGACUACGAGAUCAAGUACUAUGAGAAAGAGCAUGAGCAACUCACGUAUUCUUCCACGAGGUCCAAGGCUCCCAGUGUCAUCAUCACAGGUCUCAAGCCAGCCACCAAGUACAUUUUUCAUAUCCGAGUGAGGACUGCAACAGGAUACAGCGGCUACAGUCAGAAGUUUGAAUUUGAAACAGGAGAUGAAACUUCUGACAUGGCGGAACAGGGGCAGAUUCUUGUGAUUGCCACCGCGGCAGUGGGAGGAUUCACUCUUCUCGUCAUUCUUACUCUCUUCUUCUUAAUCACUGGCAGGUGUCAAUGGUACAUAAAGGCCAAAAUGAAGUCAGAAGAGAAGAGAAGAAAGGACUUACAGAAUGGACAUUUACGCUUUCCAGGAAUUAAAACUUAUAUAGAUCCAGAUACAUAUGAAGACCCAUCCCUAGCAAUCCAUGAAUUUGCAAAGGAGAUUGAUCCGUCAAGAAUACGCAUUGAGAGAGUCAUUGGGGCAGGUGAAUUUGGAGAAGUCUGUAGUGGACGUUUGAAAACACCAGGGAAGAGAGAGAUCCCAGUUGCCAUCAAGACUUUGAAAGGUGGCCACAUGGAUCGGCAAAGAAGAGAUUUCUUAAGAGAAGCAAGUAUCAUGGGUCAGUUUGACCACCCAAACAUCAUUCGCUUAGAAGGUGUUGUUACAAAAAGCAGACCAGUAAUGAUUGUGGUGGAAUAUAUGGAGAAUGGAUCCCUAGACUCCUUUUUGCGGAAACACGAUGGUCACUUCACAGUCAUCCAGUUGGUUGGUAUGCUCCGAGGCAUUGCAUCAGGAAUGAAGUAUCUUUCUGACAUGGGUUAUGUUCACCGAGACCUAGCAGCUAGGAAUAUAUUGGUCAACAGCAACCUAGUGUGCAAAGUUUCUGAUUUCGGUCUCUCCCGAGUGCUGGAAGAUGAUCCAGAAGCUGCUUAUACAACAACUGGUGGGAAAAUUCCCAUAAGGUGGACAGCCCCAGAAGCUAUCGCCUACAGAAAAUUCUCCUCGGCAAGUGAUGCAUGGAGCUAUGGCAUUGUCAUGUGGGAGGUCAUGUCCUAUGGAGAGAGACCUUAUUGGGAAAUGUCUAACCAAGAUGUCAUCCUGUCCAUUGAAGAAGGUUACAGACUCCCGGCUCCCAUGGGCUGUCCGGCAUCUCUACACCAGCUGAUGCUCCACUGCUGGCAGAAGGAGAGAAAUCACAGACCAAAAUUUACUGACAUUGUCAGCUUCCUUGACAAACUGAUCCGCAAUCCCAGUGCCCUCCACACCCUGGUAGAGGACAUCCUUGUAAUGCCAGACUCCCCUGGUGAAGUUCCCGAAUAUCCUUUGUUUGUGACAGUCGGUGACUGGCUGGAUUCUAUAAAGAUGGGGCAAUAUAAGAAUAACUUCAUGGCAGCGGGGUUUACAACUUUUGACCUGAUUUCAAGAAUGAGCAUUGAUGAUAUUAGAAGAAUUGGAGUCAUACUCAUUGGACACCAGAGACGAAUAGUCAGCAGUAUACAGACUUUACGUUUACACAUGAUGCACAUACAGGAGAAGGGGUUUCAUGUAUAA